CCAUGAAUAAGAGUCGCUCGGAAUAAAGGAGUGGGUUAGUUUUCCGGCGCAGGUACAGAGCUGCAGACCUCGUGUCUGUGUGAGAGAGACCAGAGUUACUCCAGCUCUUUCUGGAUGUGGGCUUCAUGUAGUGUGGGGAUUUCCCUGCCUGGAGUUUCUUUGUGGAAACGAACAAAUCCAUUGGAGGAUCCCCUUCUGUCUUCUGCGACCAGUGAAAGGUCGGCUUUGGAGAGUAAAUAAACAGCCUUUUGAGAACCUGCGGUGCGCAGCCAGGACUUCCUUUCCGCUGAUUUGGACAUGAUCAGGAUUUGCAAGUUACUGCUGGGAAGCUGAUGGUGUACAGUCUGAAACUCUGACCAGAAAAUGUUACACACACCAGAAUGGUUGAUCAGGUUGGUUGUAACCAGUGCCAUUUUCAGCUUACAAUUGGGAACUGGACUGUUUUCCGUAAGUGCAAGCAAAUCGGUACAGAGCCGAGUGAAGCGCCAGACUGUGCACAGCUUCACAGAGGAACAGUUCAAAGGCUCCUGGGGUAGAUGGGGCCCGUGGUCUUCCUGCACCAGGACAUGUGGCGGAGGAGUAAUGCAACAGACGCGGCCCUGCCUUCCUCGAAUGAAGCAAAGAACUCAGCCGACAUUCCAGUUUGCAACGGGCGAUCAGUCCCUGCGAGCGUUUCACAUUCCCCUCGGCCGAGUGCUAUCCAGCGUUCGCCACUCAUACCCACUCCAUCGGAGCCCAGCCUACAAGUUAACAGGAACCAGCAUUAACCAGAUUUAUCAGAUCUCCAACAGGGAGCCAUUGAACACACUGAGACCCAGGACAUUACGGGCAGAAGAUUCUGUUCAGAACACCCCCUCUCAGCAACGCACAGAUCCAGACCAAGUAAAUAUCGAUGAGUCUUCAGACCAUUUGCAUCUGAAUCACAAGCAGACAAGUAAACCAAUGGUGCGGCCAGGUCAUUGGAGUCCGCUCCCACUGCAUCAAACUGAGGAAUCAACUCUGAGGAACGUGAAGGUCUCACAACUUUCCCAGGCACCAUUAGAAACCAAAGUUCAAACUGAUAAACACAGCUCAACAGAACGAGUGUUAGGAUUGCAAAAGAGACACCUGUCCAGAGUUUCAAGGAGUCCUCCUGCUCAGGAAUUUAAUUGUCUUGGAGAUUUCAGACAGUACAAGUCGUGUAACUCUCAGCCCUGCCCCCAUGGGAGUCGAGACUUUCGGGAAGUUCAAUGUGCUGCCUAUAAUAACAGACCUUUUACAGGAAAGCAUUAUGAAUGGGAGCCUUUUACUGAUGUAUCAGACAACCAAAAAUGUGAGCUGAAUUGCAGAGCCAUUGGUUACAAGUUCUACGUGCGCCAUGCCACUCAAGUCAUAGAUGGAACACCGUGCGAAUCUGGAUCUUUGAAUAUUUGUGUCAACGGAGAGUGCAAGAAAGUCGGUUGUGAUGAGGUACUGGGCUCCAACAAAGUGAUGGACAAAUGUGGUGUUUGUGGCGGUAACAACACCACAUGCAAAGUGAUAUCUGGAAUCUUCAAGCAAACCAUCAUGUCGGUGGGGUAUCACAAGAUUCUUGAAAUUCCUGAAGGAGCUACACGAAUUAAUAUUACCGAGAUGAUGAAAAGCAGAAAUUAUCUGGCUCUGAGAAGUCACUUUGGCCACCCCAUCAUUAAUGGAAACUGGGCUAUAGAUAGGCCAGGCACUUACGAAGCAGCAGGAACCCUGUUCAGGUAUAAGAGGCCAAAUGAAAUUAGCACGACAGCAGGGGAAUCCUUGAUUGCCGAGGGGCCAACCAGUGAAAUUCUGGAUGUCUACAUGAUAUAUCAACAGGCAAAUCCUAAGGUGCAGUAUGAAUAUGUUUUACCAACUGAUAACGUUGUCAACAUCCAUUCACUAGCCCAUACAGCAGAUGAACACUUAGGAGAGGCCUUUAAUGGCCAGUUGUCAUAUGGUGUUGAUGGUGACAUGUAUGUUCUCCGUGAAAGAGAGGCGGAAAACUUUGUCAGUGGAGUGCAUGCAAACCAAGUGCAGUCCAGAAAGUACCAAACGAGCCCUGGAGAAGUGGUACACUCCUGGGGAGAGGGGCCAAGGAAAAAGAGGGAAUUCAAUUGGAAACAAAUUGGAAGCAGUGAAUGCACCGUGUCGUGUGGAACUGGAAGCCGUGCUCUUAUUUUCAAAUGUGUUAACAGGAAUACACAUGAAGAAGUUUCUGAAAACUUGUGUGAAACUGCAAUGAGACCUACACCAGAUGAAGAAGCCUGUAACAUCCAGCCGUGCCCAGCCUACUGGGACCUGGGUGAAUGGUCAGAAUGCAGUAAGACAUGUGGUCCUGGAAUACAACAUCGGCAGGUGCUGUGUAGACAAGUUUAUGCCAACCGGACUACCACAGUUCAACCUGAGCGAUGUCAGCACCUGGAGAAACCUGAAACAACCACGACCUGCCAACUGAAAAUAUGCAGCGAGUGGCAUAUCAGGACAGAAUGGAGUGAGUGCUCAGUACCUUGUGGUGUGGGACAAAGGAUCCGGGAUGUGAAAUGCAUUGACAAUCUUGGUGAUAUCGUUGACGAUGAAGAGUGCAACAUGCAACUGAAGCCCGCUGAUACAGAAAAUUGUGACAUGGGCCCAUGUGCAAAGAGCUGGUUCCACACAGACUGGAGCGUGAGGUGUUCUGCAGAGUGUGGACCAGGCAUCCAGACGAGAUCAGUUGUAUGUCUGAUGAAUCACAUCAGCAGCUUACCUCUAGAAGGCUGUGGGGUUGAGAAACCUGAGGAUGUAAGACCUUGCAAUGUUGGUCCUUGUAAUGAGGAUGUCAGGUGGUUCACAGGACCAUGGAGCCAGUGCUCAGCAGAGUGUGGCAAUGGAACCCAAAUUCGAAGUGUGGUCUGCCUGAAAAAAACUGAUGACAAACUUACGGUGGCAGAAAUGAGUGAAUGCUCCCACCUGGAAAGACCAGCAUCAGAGCAAAGCUGUCACCUGAGGAAAUGUGAUGUCAAAUGGUACUCGACAGAGUGGAGCGCAUGCUCGAAAUCCUGCGAAAGUGGCUAUCGGGUUCGAGAGGUCAGAUGUCUUGCAGAUGACAUGACACAAAGCAACAGUUGUGAUUCCUUCCUAAGGCCAAUUGAUAAAGAAGUCUGCAACACUAACCCAUGCAUACCCGAGAUAGAUGAAAAUUGCAGAGACAUGUACUUCAACUGUAAUGUUGUGGUACAAGCCAGACUCUGUGUCUAUGCAUACUACAAAACAGCUUGCUGUGCAUCUUGUGCCAAGACCAGAAGAAGAGCUGCCCAGCUCAGAAGCAGAUAACUGCUUCCCGUCAUCCUCCCAGAUUGUGAUGCCAUAAUAUUACCAUAGGAGAACUUGCAGAUUCUACUGUUUUGACAAUAUCAUAAUUGCAAUAUCAUAAUUGCAAAGGAAAAGGGUUACAUUUAGUAUGUACACGGCUAGUUUACGGAGAGAAAAUAUAGUAUUAAUAUAAUCUUAUACCAUUAUCAUGCUGGUCUUUUGUCAAAGUGCUGAAUUUUCUAGUUAAUUUGCAGUAUUUGAGUUUCAGAUAUAUGAAACGCAUUCUACACGUGAAUGAAACAUACUCAGCAAUAGAUUUUGGGGUCAACCCUUGCAGCAGAAAGGCUUUAUGCUUCAGGUUCUGAUGAUUGGUCUUCAAUUUGAAACAUUAACCCUCUUUCUCUUCCCACAGACUCUGCCUGUCCUGCUGAGUAUUUCCAUCAUCUUAUUUUUGUUCAUAUUUUAAGUUUCAAAAGGCUUGUUGGGGAAAAGAAAAAGCAUGCAAUGACUUUCACUGCACUCUUCCGAAACAAACUUGCACCCUUUAAUAUUGUUUUCGACUUGAGGUUUAUCUGUGGAUAUUUUUUAUAAUUGAGAAACAAUUUGCUGAUAUUACGGUACCGCAGAAUCCCAACAUCUACCAAGUUCAGAACUAUCGCACUAAGGCAACUCCUCCACCUCUAUUUAAUUAUGUAGCAAGACCUGCUUUUGUCUUGGGAAGACCCUCCAAUCACGAUGCUGAUGUUCCAUAUACCAGCUUUUGAGUUAUGUCUCUUGUUUGCCAGCAUUUUGUAACUGCAAUCUGCCAGUAUAAACCAAUUAGGUUAGAGCUGACCACAAAUUCCUCCACCCAUCGACUGCACACAAAAUAGAGGCAGAUAAUGUUUAAGAUGAGCUGAUCUUUUCUGAAUUUCGCAGUUACAGGUGUCUCCCAGCAUUUGUGGAACUGUCAGGGUAUGAAAGUAGAUGCUGAGGUAGAAAUGGUAAUGAAUUUAAAAUGACACUGGAAACGUCUCAAGGUUGAGAAAAUGCCUCUUAUCUUCUAACAAAAACUAUCACUCUUGUCCAUUAACUAACCUCACCCAUUUCCAAAAAGCUUCAUCUUUUUGAAGUCUUCGGUCUCUUAACUAACUUGUUCUUCUGGCGUACCCCUCACUGUUAUAUUCCAAAAUGCCCACUGGUAACAGAUAUAUCAUGAAUCAAGCUUUACUGAGUCUAACAUUAAAAAUGUACGCCUCCUAAUUCAACUAUUAACCGAGUUUCUGUAAGUGUCCCUUCAUAUCUGCUGUAAAUAGUUUCAAUCAACUUGUUCAGAUAUUCAGACACGAUGACUGUACCGUUAGAGCGCCCCCUUAUUUCUGCUCAAAUGAACCCUCAGUUAAUGCCCUCCAUCUGCAUAUAAUUAAACAUAAUAGCUAUACAAUCACCCGCUCGUACAUGCAUUCUACCAUCAAAGUCCACUCUCUAUUCUUUCAUUUUUCUCAUGGGAAUUUCAUACUUUCAUUCUUUCAUGGGAAAUGAAUGUCACCAGUAGGGCCAGCCUUUGUUGACCAAUUGCCCUUGAGGAGGUAUUGGUUUGCCACGUUUUUGAGUGCUGCAGUCAUCUGGAUUAGAUACACCAACAGUGCUGUGAGCAAGGGAGGAACAGGAAUUCAAUCCAGUGACAGAGAUAGAGCAGUGAUGUAUUUCCAAGUCAGAAAAGUGUGGGGCUUGGAGGAGAACUUGAUGGUGGUGUUGUUCCCAAGUAUCUGCAGUGCUUAUCCUUCUAGAUGGUAGACUUUGUGUGUUUGGAAGGAGCUGUUAAAGGAGGAUUUCUAAGUUGCUGCAGGCCAAUGGUACAUACUGCUGAUACCAUUUGUCAGUGUUGGAGAGAGUGAACAUGUAACUUGGUGGAUAUAGCAUUGACCAAAUGGACUGCUUUAUCUUGAAAGGAAUUGAGUUCCAUGAGCGUCGCAUACAUGCAGUCAAAUGGUAUAUCCAAUGGCAUCUCUAAAUUAUGUCUGGUAAAUGGUAGACAGGCUUUGAUGAGGCAAGAGGCAAGCUAUUCACCUCAGAAUUCCUCACCUCUGACCUGCAAAGUAUUUAUUUGGCUGGUUUCAGUUCAGUUUUAGGUCAGUGGUAACCCUAAGUUUCAGAUGUUUGGGGAUUCAUUGACAGUAAUGCCACUGAAUGUCAAAAGGAGAUGGUCAUUGCUUGGCACUUGUGUAGCAUGAAUGUAACUUGACACUUCUCAGCCCAACCCUUUAUAUUGUCCACGUAUUGCUGCCUAUGGACAUAGGUUGCUUCAGUAGCUAAGGAGUUGCAAAACGUGCUGUCCUUGAUGUAAUCAUUAGCAAACAUCUCACUCCUGACCUUAUGAUGGAGAGAGGUCAUUGCUGAAGCAAAAGCUGGGUGGGCCUAGAACGCCACCCUGAGGAACUCCUGCAGAGAUUUCCUGAGAUUGAUAAGAUUAGCCUUCAGUAAACACAACCAUGUUCAUUGGGCCAUGUUUGACCAGCCUGUGGAGAGCUUUACCACUCAUUCCUGUUCAUUUCUGCCAGAACUCUUUGAUACCGCACACAGUCAAACCCUGCUAUGAUGUCAAGGUGGUCACUCUCACCUUCUCUCUUGAAGUCAGCCUUUUUGUCCGUGUUUGGACCAACACAAUAAUGGUGUCAGGAAUUGUGCAGCCCUGACAGAACCCAAACUGAGCAUCAGUAAGCACGUUAUUACUGUGUAAGUACCACUUUGAGCAAUGUGGACUACAUUUUCCAGCAUUUUUCAGGUGACCAAGGUGAGGCUGAUGGAACGGUAGGUAGGAUUUAACCUUCCUUUGUUGGACAGGACAUAUCUGGGUAAUUUUCCACAUUGCCAGGUAUGUGCCAGUGAUGUAGCUACACUGGAUCAGCUUGGUUAAAGGCAUUGUUAGGUCUGGAGCCCAAGUCUUCAGUCCUAUUGCCAGAAUAUUGUCAUGGCCUUUGUAUUUUACGUGCCCUUGUCUUUUGCCUUCAUAUAGAGUGAACCAAAUAGUCUGAGGAUUGGCAUCUGUGAUGCUGAAGACCUCAGGAAGAGGCUGUGUUGCAUCAUCCACUCAGCAUUUCUGUCUGAAGAUAAGUGCUUGCUAAUGCUUCAGCCUUACUUUUUGCACUGAUGUACUGGGUUCCCCCUUAACCAAGGAUGGAGAUAUUUGUGGAGCCUUCUCCUUUGAUAAUGCACAUAUAAUUGUCCACUGUUAUUCAAGGUGGGGAUGGGUCAAUUCUGCAGAGCUUUGAUCUGGUUUGUUGAUGUUAGAUCAUCUGUCAAUUGCACGCUGCCUUUGCUGUUUGACACACAACUAACCCUGUAUUGUCACUUCACUCAAUCUCAUUUUCUCUGCUGUCAUAACUAUUGAAUGUUAUUUUGAACACUUCGAUGCUUUUCAUUAUAUUCACCUUGCCUGCCUAAGAGCUUCCUGCUAUUUUUUCCUGAGUUAAAUUUAAUCAAAAAAAUCGAUCCACUCCAACUAUAACAAACUGAAUCAGGAGCCAUACAAAACAGAGAAUGAGCUGAACUUUAUCUUCAGCAAUGCUGCUGCUGUUCUCAACGGUUUGCUUCAGUACAAUUGGCAAAACAAUAUUUAAUCCCUAUUUGCAGCUACAGCAAUAAGUAGAUUGUGUUUGAAGUUGAACAGAUGUAGUUAGCAGUUUCAAUGUCCUGUCUGUUGGCGGCUAAAGGGCAAGGAUUAUCCCUGGAUAGAAGUGGAUAUUGAGAUAGAAGAGCUGCAAUUCACCUUUGUCUCUGUGUGUUUCAGGGGAAAGACAAGAGGUAGCACUGCACCAGGAGGGAGAGGGGGAUUUUAGACAGGUGGGAACAAACCUUAACAGUACCUACUGACCCUUGAUUGCAACAUGAGCCAAAAUGACAGGAAUAUGAUUGGCUCAUUGGGCUAGAGGUAUGAUUCUCACUUUGGAAUUUAUAGUGCAUGGUACAGAUUAGGUCCUGGGUUCAAAUCUCAGACAAGCCUUAAUUAUUUGACACAAAGAUUGGCUGAGUGGUUGACACUAAGGAGGAAGGUGUUAGGUUACAGGAAGGUGUAAAUGGAUUAGUCAGAUGGGCAGAUCAGUGGCAGAUGGAAGUUAACCUUGAUAAAAAUGAGGUGAUGAACUUGGGCAGAAGGAACAAGACAGGGGAGUUCUUAAUGAUUCGCAAGACACCAGAAAGCUCAGAGGGAUCUUGGGGUACUUGUCCACAAAUCCCUGAAGGUAGCACCGGUUAAUCAGGUAGAUAAGAAGGCAUAUGGACCCUUACCUUUAUUAGUUAUGGAAUAAAUUAAAAGAACGGGGCGGGUCAUGGUGGAGCUGUACAUAGCUUUGGUCAGAAUAAAGAGGGAUCACUAUGUGUAAUUCUGAUCAUCACAUCAUAGGAAAGAUGUGAUUGCACUGAAGGGGGUGCAAAGGAGAUUCACCAGGAUGUUGCCUGGGAUAGGGUAUUUCAGCUAUAAAGAAAGGCUGACUGAGCUUGAGUUGUUUUAUUUAGAGUGGAGACGAUAGAGGGGAGACCUGAUAGAGGAUGAUAAGAUUGUGAGGGAUAUACACAAGGUGAAUAGAAAGCAGCUGUUCCCAUUAGUUGAAGGGUCAGUAACAAGGGGAUAUAAUUUAAAAGUGCUAGGCAAUAGAUUUAGAAGGGAUUUGAGGAAAACUUUUUAUCACUCAAAGGGUAUUGGGCAUCUGGAAUGCACUGCCAGGGAGGAUAGUUGAGGCAGGAAACCUCAUAACCUUUAAGAAGUACUUGGAUGAAAACUUGAAAUGCUGUAAUGUUCAGAGCUAUGGACCUUGUGCAGGAAAGUGGGGCUUGCAUAAGUAAUAGUACAUUUUUGAUAGGUUCAAGGGUCUCUUCUGCCCUGUAUGAUUCUAUGAACAAUGAGAGGCAAGAGAGAAUGGGAAGAGUAUUGAAGAAGCUAAUAACUUCCAAUGUAAAAGUAGCUCUUUUUAAAUUUGAUAUUAUUGUAAGAAGCUCAGUAUUGUCUGAAUCUGUGCAGGUUUGUACAACACUUUGUUCCUGACUAUGCAGUUACAGGUAAGAUUCAAACAGAUUGCUGCUGUAGGUUUUGUUCUUUCACAUGGGAGCCCAAACUCUUCAUUUCCUUCACACACUGUUACCCCGAUACUGUCUGCGUUAUUCAAUCUUACCGCAUAGUUACGUAAGCAAUAUAUUCACACUGAGAUAAAUUGAUUAAUUCAUCUAUGCUGUGACACCAUUCACAUUCCUUGGUAAUAGCUGUGCACAGACAAGUUCAGGAAGGUUGCUUGAUGGUUAGCACUGCUGUCUCACAGUGUCAGAGACCUGCAUUCGAUUCCACCCUCAAGCAACUCUGUGUUGAAGUUUGCAUGUUCUCCCUGUGUGUGUGUGGGUUUCUGACUGGUGCGCCGGUUUCCUCCCAAAGUCCAAAAGAUGUGCAGGUUGUUUGGAUUAGCUGUGCUAAAUUGCCAUGGAGUAUGCAGGUCAGGUGGGUUGGCUUUGGGAAAUGCUAGGGUAGGGGUCUGAGUCUGGAUGGGAGGUUUAGCAGGAUCUGAUGGGCUGAAUGGCCUCUUUCUGCACUGUAGGGAUUCCAAGUGACUCCAUGUUGUAGAGGAAUGAUUAUUUUAAAGCCCAAGACCAGGCACCCCCAAGUUGUUUACAUUGAUGUAAACAUUCAUUAAGUUUCAUUUUGAAAUAGGAUGUUAUAUCUACACUCUUCCCAAACCACAGCAGAUGCUGCUGCCUGCAUCUUUUUCCCCAAAGCCCUGUAUGUGCACCAAGAGACUGAUUUGAAGAUUCUUCUCCUCAUGUCCAAAUUUCUCCAUGGUUUUGUUCCUGCUCCCUACACAGUAUCACUACAGUCUGGAAGCAGGCCAUUCAGCCCAUCAAAUCCACACCAAACCUGCAAAGAGCAUCCCUCCCAGGCCCACCCUGCACAUUCCCUAUCCCUGUAACCCUGCAUUUCCCAUGGCUUACCUACCCAGUCUGCAGUAAACUUCCAAUAAUCUUGUUCAGCAAGCAUUAUCUGCCAUGCACUUCAGUCUGUGUUUCAGUCCCAUUCACACUGACUCUGAUCCACCACUGGACUAGCAGAGAUGGCUCCUUCAGCCAAUGUGCCUCCACCUUCUGGAACCAUCUUCGAAACCGACUUUCCUUCAGUCACUUACAUUCUGUUUGAAAAACCAGUGGUUAGUCUUUCAUUCCUGCCUUGUCUUCAAAUUUUCCCUUCUUCUCCUGCUUGAUGCCAAUCCAAUUCCAUUUGUAAAGUCCUCAGAGGCAAACUUAUAUUCAAGGAAUUGCUUUAAGUGUAAGAUUAAAAACAAGGAAGGCAAAUGAAGUGGGCUGCAGUAGUGUUUUUGUUAGAAAUACAAUUUGGGAAUAAGAUGCCGCAGGCUACCAGGAAACAACUAUGAAUAUCAGGAACUGGAAAAAGUGAACUCUGGUUCAAUUGGGUUUGGCCAUAGCUCGUAUUUGUGAGCAUUUUAAUUUCUAACACAGUGUUUUUGUUCACCAUAAUCUCCACAUCCUGCCAGCACUGCAGAAAUUAGUUUCUGGGAUGGAAAAGAACAUUAACUGACAGCAUGCAAAGUAUUUCCAAAACGCAGUAUGCAAAAGGAUCAACCAGCCAUGACACAGUGACCAAUUCCACAUUAUGGUUGAUUUUAACUUGGGGGUAUGUUUAGGCUGGGCAAAAUGCAGGGGGGGGAGGGGAAUUUCUUUGACCAGUUUGGAUAUUGCAUCACUGUCCUCCAUCCAAAACUGACAGGGCAGAUGCUGGAAAUGUGAACUAGAUUGGACAACAGCUUUGGGCUUUGAAACAGAAUUAACAAAACAUAUCUGUGAGAGGUAACAAAGUGUAGAACUGAAUGAA